CCCCGGCUCUGCGCGGCCACCGCCCCCCGCCCGGCGGGGCCAUGAGGACCGGCUCGAGGGUGCUGCUGGUGCUGCUGCUCCUCCUUCCCGCCUGGGGCUCGGCGGCGGCACACAAUGGGGAUCUUACAGUGAGACCCACAUGCAAGCCUGGCUUCUCAGAGCAAGACUACACAGCAUUCGUCUCCCAAAACAUCAUGGAAGGGCAGAAGUUACUCAAAGUAAAAUUUAAUAACUGUGCUGGUAACAAGGGAGUUCGCUAUGAAACCAACAGCCUGGACUUCAAGGUGAGGGCGGACAGGACCCUGUUCGCUGCCCACCACGUGCAAAUGCCCUCCAAGCAGCUGAUCCUGGUGGUGACGGCGUGGGAUCCCCAGACCCUGGGCAGAUGGGAGGCCAUGGUCCGCUUUCUGGUGGCAGAGAAGUCCCAACACAAUGGACACAAGCCAAAAGGCAGGAAGACACUGCCUGGAGACCUGGUGCAGCAGCAGAGUGACACUCUGCUCCCGUGGCGGCAGCAUCAGAGCGCCAACGGCCUGCGGAGGCAGAAGAGGGACUGGGUCAUCCCGCCCAUCAACGUGCCAGAAAACUCCAGAGGACCCUUUCCACAGCAGCUGGUUCGGAUUCGUUCCGAUAAGGACAAAGAGAUCCAUAUCAGGUACAGCAUCACUGGAGUGGGAGCCGACCAGCCGCCCAUGGAAGUCUUCAGCAUUGACCCUGUGUCUGGCAGGAUGUACGUGACACGCCCGAUGGACAGGGAGGAAAGAGCUUCCUACCACCUCCGGGCUCAUGCAGUGGAUAUGAAUGGAAACAAGGUGGAGAAUCCUAUUGACCUUUACAUCUAUGUGAUUGAUAUGAAUGACAACAGACCGGAGUUCAUCAACCAAGUCUAUAAUGGAUCUGUUGAUGAAGGCUCUAAACCAGGUACCUACGUGAUGACGGUGACGGCAAAUGACGCAGACGACGCUACUACCGCGAACGGGAUGGUGAGGUACCGGAUUGUGACUCAGACCCCACAGAGCCCAUCACAAAACAUGUUUACCAUUAACAGCGAGACAGGAGACAUUGUCACUGUGGCUGCUGGACUCGACAGAGAGAAAGUUCAGCAGUAUAUAGUCAUUGUUCAAGCCACAGAUAUGGAAGGAAAUCUUAACUAUGGUCUCUCAAACACGGCAACAGCAAUCAUUACAGUGACAGAUGUGAAUGACAACCCCCCUGAAUUCACCACCAGCACUUAUUCAGGAGAGGUUCCUGAGAACAGAGUGGAGGUUGUGGUGGCAAAUCUGACGGUGAUGGACCGGGACCAGCCUCACUCCCCCAACUGGAAUGCCAUCUACCGCAUCAUCAGCGGGGACCCCUCCGGCCACUUCACCAUCCGGACAGACCCCGUCACCAACGAGGGCAUGGUGACCGUGGUGAAGGCAGUCGAUUACGAGAUGAACAGAGCUUUCAUGCUGACAGUGAUGGUAUCAAACCAAGCUCCCCUGGCCAGUGGCAUCCAGAUGUCCUUCCAGUCGACAGCAGGAGUCACCAUUUCAGUCACAGAUGUCAACGAAGCACCGUAUUUCCCAACGAACCACAAGUUAAUCAGGCUGGAGGAAGGGGUGCCAACAGGAACAGUCCUGACAACGUUUUCAGCGGUGGAUCCCGAUCGCUUCAUGCAGCAGGCAGUAAGAUACUCUAAGCUGUCAGAUCCUGCAAACUGGCUGAACAUUAAUGCCACAAAUGGUCAGAUCACUACUGCUGCUGUCCUUGAUCGAGAGUCAGACUACAUUAAGAAUAAUGUCUACGAGGCCACAUUCUUGGCGGCUGACAACGGUAUCCCCCCCGCCAGCGGCACUGGCACUCUGCAGAUCUACCUAAUUGACAUCAACGACAACGCUCCCGAGCUCCUGCCAAAGGAGGCACAGAUCUGUGAAAAGCCAAACCUGAAUGUCAUCAACAUCACAGCCGCGGAUGCUGACAUCGAUCCAAACGUCGGGCCCUUCGUCUUCGAGCUGCCAAGUGUGCCAUCUGCGGUGAGGAAGAACUGGACCAUAACACGGCUGAAUGGUGAUUACGCCCAGCUCAGUUUACGGAUCAUGUACCUGGAGGCGGGUGUGUAUGAUGUGCCCAUCAUCGUGACGGACUCAGGAAACCCCCCCUUGUACAACACCUCUGUCAUCAAGGUGAAGGUGUGUCCCUGCGACGAGAACGGCGACUGCACCACCAUCGGGGCCGUGGCCGCUGCAGGGCUGGGCACGGGGGCCAUCAUUGCCAUCCUGAUCUGCAUCAUCAUCUUACUGACCAUGGUUCUGCUGUUCGUGGUGUGGAUGAAGCGCCGGGAGAAGGAGCGUCACACCAAGCAGCUCCUGAUCGACCCUGAGGACGACGUCAGGGACAACAUCCUCAAGUACGACGAAGAGGGAGGUGGAGAGGAAGACCAGGAUUAUGAUUUAAGCCAGCUCCAGCAGCCAGAGACCAUGGAUCACGUGCUGAACAAGACACCCGGAGUCAGAAGGGUGGAUGAAAGACCUAUUGGUGCUGAACCACAGUAUCCUAUCAGACCAGUAAUCCCACAUCCAGGGGAUAUUGGUGAUUUUAUUAAUGAGGGCCUGCGGGCAGCAGACAACGACCCCACAGCCCCCCCCUACGAUUCCCUGCUCGUCUUUGACUACGAGGGCAGCGGCUCCACCGCCGGCUCCGUCAGCUCCCUCAACUCCUCCAGCUCCGGGGACCAGGACUACGACUACCUUAACGACUGGGGGCCCAGGUUCAAGAAACUGGCGGACAUGUACGGGGGAGGCGAGGAAGAUUAAACUGACCUCAUGUUAUUUAAAAAAAAAAAAAAAAAAAA